CUCAAUCCCAGAACCCGAGCUAACCCCUGCGCUGGAGCUGCUUUGACGCCGGCUGCAACAGCCAUUCUCCUCUCGCAACAGCAUGGCUGGUCCAGCUGCGGCCAUUUGUUCCCGGGCCUCCUCCAGGCCCUUCAACUUCCUAAGAACCUUUGGUGUCCGGUGGUCUGAGAUCUCGCGAGCGCUCCCGACCUGUUUUCUUUCGCGAGAUCACCUCUCCUCCUCCUCCUCCUCCUCCUCCUCCUCCUCUUCGUCUCCGGCAACUGCAGAAGUAUCGCGAGCUUCUAUUUCGGCGCUGAGGCUCACUGAGGCCUAUUACGUUGGAUGUACCAAGAUAUCGCGAGAAAUUUUCAACUCUAGUUUCUUACACAUCCUUUAAGGAACCCUGGAAUUUAGCGAGAAUACCUUUUUUCAUAAUCACACUCCUCCCCUCCCUUGUUUUUCUGCCUCGCGAGACAGUAUGUCCUGAAUACUCCCUGUAGCCUAGGGUACUGUGAAUGAAAACGGAGUGUGUUCUCUUUCCCGCGGAACUCCUGAGGACAAAACUCAAAUUACUUGAAUGCCUGAAUCGGACUACGUUUCCCGUGAGCACGCGCAGCCCACGCUCCUCUCGCCCAUUUACAGCGUUUGAUCUCAGUGGCCGGUGGCCGGAAAGGGACAAUGGUUUCCAUGUCAGCGGAUAAACGCGCUCGCCUUAGCUCCCGGACCAGAGGGAGGAUGAAACAGAGAGUGCGUGCCGAAAAGCGAGGAAGCAACUAAAGGAGUCGGUGACCGAUAGAGCAAGAGCCAUGGCACGCCGGGGCCUAGUGGCCGGGCCAGACUUUGAGUAUUUUCAGCGUCGCUAUUUCACGCCGGCUGAGGUGGCCCAACAUAACCAGCCCGAAGACCUCUGGGUGUCUUACCUGGGAAACGUGUACGACCUAACGCCGUUGGCACAGGAAUACAAGGGAGACCUGCUGCUGAAACCCAUCGUGGAAGUUGCGGGCCAGGACAUCAGUCACUGGUUUGAUCCAGACACCAGAGACAUCCGCAAGCACAUAGAUCCGCUGACCGGUUCCCUGAGAUACCGCACCCCGUGGGGCCGCUUUCUGCACGUGCCGCCUCAGCUGCCCCGUUCGGACUGGGCCAAUGAUUUCGGGAAGCCUUGGUGGCAGGGGUCGCGUUACGAGGUGGGGCGGCUGUCCGCCAAGACCCGGAAUAUCCGCAUCAUUAACACGCUCACGUCGCAAGAGCACACUCUGGAGGUGGGGGCCCUGGAAUCAAUGUGGGAAAUCCUACACCGCUACCUCCUCUAUAACGCACAUGCUGCCAGCUACACAUGGAAAUAUGAAGGGAAGAACCUGAACAUGGAUUAUACCCUGGAAGAGAAUGGUAUCCGGGAUGAGGAGGAAGAAUUUGAUUAUCUCAAUAUGGACAGUACGCUCUACACACCUGCAGUACUGCUGUACUUCAGUGAUGACCUCACAGAGCUAUAGAAAGAGAGAUGUAUGCUCAUGUAGGCUCAAGACAUAUUUUGAGUUUAGCUGUUUCUGUGACCUGUAGGAAAAGAGAUGGGGAUGGGGCAGGGAGGGCGGUACCUGGACCUAGACCUCCAUUCUACUCUGGGAGCUGGCCUGAGGUUCCCCUUCCCUACUGAAGUGUAAAGGUCCUAUUCCUCGGGUUAGUUACAAUUUACUCUGAGAAAGUUAGGAAGAACGCUAGAAGUGAAUUAAUUUUUAGGAAUGAUACAAGAAAAUAAAGUAUCUUAGAUCAUGGAGAUGUAGAAGAGGAUAGUCAGAUAGAGCUCAGGCAGAACUUUUCGAUAGUAAGAGAAAGAGAAGUCCUACACAGGGAUGAGGGAUGGAAGAACUUUUCUGGCAAUGAUGGAAAUGGGAUGACUGUAGGAAGAUGGGAUCUACAAAGACAGGAAUAGGAAGUGUCUAUAUCACUCGCCAUAUAAAACUGGCUAAUCUCUCUUCUGACUAGUAUUCGGCAGCCACCAGGUAAUUCAGGCUAGAUAUUAUGCUAUGUGCUUUAUACACCUCAUUUAAUACAACUAUCCAUAAGACAGAUACCAUUACCACUACUUACAGAUAAAUCUUCUGAAGCUUAGUAAGAUUUAAUAGCGCAAAAGCCACACUACUUAGUAACCAGACUGCAAACCCAGGUCUUCCCAAUUCCAAAGUCUACGUUCUUCUCAAUGUCCAGGCUCACUGCACAAUGGGAACCUGUAGGCCUAUUGUGUAGUCAGCCGCGGUGUUGUGCUUUUUUGUUUUGUUUUUUUAGUUAUUGCCUUUGGAAGGGACUUAGCACAGUUCUGCAGUGGUAGAGAGGACACAGGGAAGGCCAAGUGUAAGCUGAGUAAUAGCUGAUGAGUCUACUUCAUGGUUAAUCCCGUAGGAAAACUUUCCUCUGACUUUUCUGAGGCAAAGAGGUGGGUAUAUACUGGUUCCAGGAAAAUUAGAGUGGGAAAGGGCUUUUGGAUUGGGACACUUUAGAAGGGGGAGCAAAAAGUAGGCAUGUAUAUUCAUGAUGGGCCUGUGCUUCUGAGGGAAAGAUGAGGAAGACAGGGUCGACUUUGCCAGAUGGUGAUUCUGCAAGAAGGGGCUUGACAGAGGUGAUGUAAAGAGAGGAGCUAAUUGGGGCUUCCCUGGUGGCGCAGUGGUUGGGAGUCCACCUGCCAAUGCAGGGGACGCGGGUUCGUGCCCGGGUCCGGGAGGAUCCCACAUGCCACGGAGCAGCUAGGCCCGUGAGCCAUGGCUGCUGAGCCUGCGCGUC